ACCCACGUGCCCGCUUCCAAGAUGGCGGCGGCGCUGUCAGGGGCGCUCGGCCGCGCGGGCUGGAGGCUGCUGUCGCUGCGGUGCCUGCCCGUGUCCCGCUGCCCACCAGCCCUGGGGCGCCAGGCUUUCCACGCUUCAGCUCUGCAGCUCAGAUCUACCAAUGAACAGAAGCAGCCGCCACCCCACAGCUUUCCUCAGCAACAUUCCGAGACACAGGGGGCCGAAGAACCCAAUCCGGCAUCGGCUCGCCCACCCCCCAGGUACACAGAUCAGGGUGGCGAGGAAGAGGAGGACCACGAGAGUGAGGAGCAGCUGCAGCAGCGCAUCCUGACGGCAGCCCUGGAGUUCGUGCCCACCCACGGGUGGACAGCGGAAGCCAUUGCGGAAGGAGCCCAGUCUCUGGGGCUCUCCAGGGCAGCCGCCGGCAUGUUCGGGAGUGACGGCAGUGAGCUGAUACUGCAUUUUGUGACCCAGUGCAACUCGGAGCUCAGGCGGCUGCUGGAGGAGGAGCAGAAGCUGAUACAGCUGGGCCAGACAGAGAAGAAGCCAACAGACCAGUUCUUGAGGGACACCGUGGAGACACGGCUGAGGAUGCUGAUCCCCUACAUUGAGCACUGGCCCCGGGCCCUCAGCGUCCUCUUGCUGCCACACAACAUCCCGCCGGGCCUGAGCCUGCUCACCAGCAUGGUGGACGACAUGUGGUACUACGCCGGCGACCAGUCCACUGAUUUUAGCUGGUACACACGGCGGGCCAUGCUGGCGGGCAUCUACAACACCACCGAGCUGGUGAUGAUGCAGGACUCGUCCCCAGACUUCCAGGACACUUGGCGCUUCCUGGAGAACCGGAUCAACGAUGCCAUGAACAUGGGCCACACUGCCAAGCAGGUCAAGUCUACGGGCGAGGCGCUGGUGCAGGGACUCAUGGGCGCAGCGGUGACGCUCAAGAACUUGUCGGGCCUCAACCAGCGCCGCUGAGCAGGAUCGACCGUGUGCGUGCGCAGAUGCGAGCCCCCGAGGAUGCACAGGAAGGGGCUUCAGAAAGCACGUUGGUGUCCCCCAUGGAAAAGGGGGACACCAGCCUCUGCAGCCACUGCCCCCCUCCCGCCUGAAUGCCCCGGGGCAGCUGCUGAGACGCCGAACUGGGCCUGGGCCCCUUCUAUAGUCCUAGUGCCAGGCCCGGGCCCCUGGUGCCUUACAGCCUUGCGGCCGCGCCACAGGAAACACCUUCAGCAAUGGAACCCGCAGGGCCCCGGCACCUUCUUCAUGCUGAACCCUCCUCGGAAGGCUCUGGGGCUCCUCGUGCAGUAGAGGCUCACUUCACGGGCUCUCCGGGGGACCCUCGCCUCUCCCUCGUCCCAAGAGACUGCCGGGCACCCCACCCGGCCCCGAGAGUCUGCCUCCCCGAGUCCGGCACAGGUGCUCAGCCAGUAGAGCAGGUGCUUGGGUGCUCAGUCCAUCCUGCUGGCAUUGCCGGAUUAUGGAGGAGCCUGGACUCCGCCGGGUAAUAAAUACUCACAGCCGUUCCCUGA